GGACGCUGUAGGGAUGGUGUACAGAACCAAGAGUUGUGAUGACAUUAGAUAUAAGUGUGUGGAGGUCGAACCGUGUGUAGCGGCCUCACUAACACCGGUGAUGAUGACCUUGCUUGAUGAUGGUCAUAAUGAUAUUUGUGGUCUCGUGCGGUACGAGGUACGGCGAGGCCAGGAGCUGCACGGCGCUCACGCCCCACUUUGUUGCAGGUGGCUGGUACGGGCGGCGCCAAUGUGACGUGUGCGGCAAAUCUCUUUCCUCCAAGUAUGCCCUGCAGGUGCACAUGCGGGACGUGCACACGGAAGUGCGCCGCACCUUCACCUGUUCCCUGUGCAACAAGGUGUACGCGUCUCAGAACUCGUACCGUGUGCACAUGAGCAUCAAGCAUCGCCAGCAACAGUCCCCCCAGGUUCCCACCCUCCCGCCGUCGCCCCACCAGGGGCCCCUGUGA